AUGCAUGAUACAAGCAAUCAAUCAAAAGAGAAUGAUGAUGUAGCAUAUUCUCCUAACAAAAAUUUGUAUGAAGAAGAAAACAAGCAGUACAUUAACCAUUCUAGUGAAACAUCAAUGUUACAAUUAGAUGUACCAAAACCAAGUAAUGGUACUCCAGAUGUUAAAAAAGAUAAUAAAGAUAACCAAUUGAAUAAUACGACCAAUUCAGAAAAAAAUACUUUUGAAAAUGUUCAAGUCCGACCAACACAAAAUGUGAAUAUGUGUUGCAUUGAUUGGGGGACUGACACUAUUAAAGUGUCUACACAAAAACAAGCGUAUUUUUCAAUGUGUUAUUUCUCUGAAGAAUGUACAUCAUCUUUGACUAAUGUUAUAUAUGUAGAAAAGGGUGUUAUCCACUUAUUUACAGUUCCAACAGGAGGGUCUGAUGUUCGAGUGCAUCGCCAUAUUACAAGUGGAUGUGAGACCAACACAUUUGACUUUGGGGUAUAUGGUGUUAUCGAUAUAGUGACUGUGUUAUCUUUAAUGUUAGGCCGCAUCAAGUCUACUACUCAAUGUGAUGUAGCAGGGAUAAUGGUACAGCCUUACUUUACAAAAGAAUUUUGCACUUCUUUAAUAAGUGCUGGUAAUAACAUUAAUCUUCAAGUGAUAUUAAUUCCAAUGUUUCUUGGUGGGAUCACUGACUUUUAUUUCCGUGAUGAUACAAAGAUGGAAGAUAUGGUGUUACUUGAUUUUGGAGUACUCACGACUACAUUGAAUUGGUUUUCUAUUAGUGGUGAUACUAUUACAAUUGAAGAAGGUAAAGUAAUGAAUACGGGAAAUAGAAAUCUACAUGAAAUAGUUGAGAAGAAGGUCAGAGAGAAAGUAGAAAGAGAAAAUGGGUGUGACAAAGCUAUAGAAGAAACUGUGAAUAAACUGUUCAUGCUAUUUUCUGAUGAGAGUUCGACAUACACUACGUUAUUUAUGGAAUCAAAAACAGUGGAAUUUGACAAUAAAGAAGUUGAUGAUAUGUUUGCUGAUUAUUGUAAUUCACUCACCACAUUUUUAAAAGAGUUCAUUCACUCUAAAAAGACGUCAAAAAUGAACAGAUGUGUUGUCUUAGGAAAUGCAUUCAGACCUUUUCCUAUCAAAGAAACAGUUUCAAACUUCUUUGACAUUGUUACAAUGUUCUCGAGAGAUUCAACAACGUGUCAAGGAGGGGGAAUGUAUUUAUCCCUGUAUCUUGACUCUUUGUGGAGGAAGAGGAAUAUAGCCCAAGUAAAUUAUUCUUUAAAAAGUGGAGAGGAGCUUGUAAUACAAUAUCCCAAUAGAAAACAUAGAGAAGAACAAACUUGGGAAACACUCUUAUUCCAAAGAGGUGAGUAUUUAAAAACUCGAAGUCAAUAUGUUGAUAUUAAUACUUUAAUAUAUCCUAAGGAGUUUUAUAAUAGUAAUAGUAAAAGUAACUACGAAAUAUUUAUGUUUUAUUACAAUGAGAACAAGACAAACUUUCGAGAGUUUUUGGAACAAAAAGCUCGAUUACGAUGGAACAAUAUGGUGAAUAAAAGAAGACCAAAUUACAAUGAACUCACUAUACAACUUGAAAAUAUCAAAGUUGGAGAUAUUCAGGCAUUAACAGCGUUUCAACAAAAUUUGAACAAAUAA